AUGAAGCUCAAACUCGAAGGGCCCGUUGCAGCUGUGGUCGAGGGCUCCGAUACAGAUGCAUCUGAUGUCUCUAUCGUGCAGUCCGACUCACAGGUCUCUGAAGCCCCGGCCGUGUUGCUCGUCCAGGACGUAGGACCAGUCUCGGUUGGCUGGACAGUGUCGGGACCCUGGGUAGUGAGCGACACAAGGCUCUGUGACGUUUCCGUCGUGUCGCUCGUCGGAGUGGCCGACCCAGCGUCAUCUGAUGUUUCCGUUGGGCAGCCCGCCGAAUCGCAAGUAUUCGAAGUCUCUGUCACACCGCUCGUCGAGGGAUCCGAGGUAUCUGUGGACGUGGCCGAUUGUAUCGUAGUAGAGAUCUCUGGCGAGACGGUCGGUUCGGUUGUAAAUGACACGGUAUCCGACGAGGACGACUCCGACGUCGUGGUGGACGUCGCUUGUGAGCAACCCAGGGGGUCACAAGUACUCGAUGUCUCCGCCGCGCUGUCCGUCGAGGUGGCAGGCUCCGAGGUAGUUGGAGUUUCCGUCGACGGAGUCGAUUCAGAGGCGGUUGAAGUCUUUGUUAUUGAAGUAUCUGUUGACGAGGCAGUUGAAGCCUCUGUUGUCGAGACAGUUGAAGCCUCUGUUGUCGAGGCAGUUGAAGUCUCUGCUGACGAGGCCAGUUCAGUGGUGUCCGUUGCCCUGCUCGUCCUGGUCGAUGGGGAGGUGGGAGACUCGAUAGAGCUGGUUUCCGCGGUCGUGGUUGACGGAACAGAGCUAGUGGUGGUACUCGUCACUACCCAGGGAAUGGGCACGAUCGUCGUCAUCGUCAUCGUUUUUGUUGUUGUUAUUGUCGUCGUCGUCGUUGCUGUCGCUGCAGUCGACGAUGUCGUCGUCGAGGAGGUGGUAGCCGUGACGGCCACAGUCAUGCAGCUGUCAAACUCGUCCCGAUGCAUGCACAUGCAAAACCGGUCGUGA